AUGCUUUUGAAGUCAGGACUAUUCUUCACUUUGUGUCUGCUUACACUCCAAGCAAGUCAAAUCAAAGACCUUCGCGACCACAGUUUCUCUGGGCUCAGGGAUGUGAAGUACAGACACUUUCUGGAAGCUUCUAGACCAAUCAGACACACUACAAAUGUCAGAGCCGAGCAGGAUGGGCGUCGGACGAAGAGGUCAGCAGUGUUCACCACAGGUGUCAAAGUGUGUCCCCAGGAGACGAUGAAAGCGGUCAUUGGCAGCCACCGGGCCUAUUACAAGCUCAGAGUUUGUCAGGAGGCCAUCUGGGAAGCAUUUCGGAUCUUCUUGGACAGGGUCCCGAACUCAGAGGAGUACAGAGAGUGGGUUUACACCUGCCAGCAUGAAAACCUCUGCAUGGACGACCUGGCCCAGAACUUCAGCAGCUCUCAGGAGCAUCUGGAGAUGGUGGCCAGAAGAGUAGCCGAGCAGGGGGAAAGCGAAGGAGUUGUCAGUGGAACCCCAGAGCCAGGAAGGGAAUGCACCUGGACACCUCCUCUGAUUCUGCUUCCUACUGAGGCCGACGUGAUCAAAGAGGAUCCCAACAUGAUAAAGGAGAACAAUGAGGAAUAUAUUGUUGAGUUCAGCGUCACCAUUGCGGACCCAACAUACAGUGAGCUCCUUAGUGACCCCGGGGCUCCACAUUACAACGACGUCAAACGAGAGCUCACAGACAAGAUGCUUCAUGUGUUUGAAAAAGUUCCAGGAUUCAAAGAGAUUCGUGUUCUGGGGUUUCGCUCGGAGGAUGUGUCUGUGCGCUACGCUGUGGUCUUUAAUGGAGAAACGGAGCUCAAUGAUGAUCCUGAGGGUCUUGAGGAGCCAGAGACCGAGGCAGAUGGGGAUGUAAAUGCUCCUAAACUGAAGCACAUCAUUGUAAAGGCCUUAAAACAGGAGCCGUCACUACCACUGGACAUACAGACACUCAGCUUUGAGGCUGUAACCACAAUUUAUCCAGUUGCCGAGCUCGGCAUUAACCCUGUUGAGAGCGUAGUAUCCGAGGACGACGCCACAGAGGCCCCGACAGAGGACAGCACUCCCACUCAAAGUUUCUUCCCCACAGUGGCAGUGAUAGAAAACUCUCUGGAAGCUUCUACAAUCAAACCAGAAAAACACACCUUUGUGCCUUUCAUCCCGAACAUCCUCCCAGAAGCCACUUCUGCUGUCACUGAUGAGACUCCUUUGAAGGCAGCAGUAGAAGAGGAGUCCACAGAAGAUCCUGCUGAAGAGGCCAGCGACACAAAACUAGAAGCUACCACAGAGAAGGAAAAAGACGAGGAAGCAGAGCCAGAGGUGGAGGAAAUGCCACCAACUGAACAAGAUAAUGGAGGUGAAGCUGAACCUGAAGAACAGGUCAUGGAUGAACCUAAACCAGCUGAUGGGGUCAGUGAGAAACAUCCAGAGCUACAGAAUGAGGACCUUCCCCUAGCAACUUCUGACUCCCAGCUUGAAGAAGUGAUGAGUGAUAAACCUGGUGAGGACAACCUUGAUGUACCAGACUCUGUUACGGAGAUAUCAGUCACAGAAGCAGCAGUCCCAGUCACCACACCAUCAUCUCAUGAGGAUACCAUCCAAGGCACUGAAACAGAAACAGAUGUGGAGCCUUUGCCGUCACCUGCAGAAAGCGGUGAAGCCCCUGAAAACAGAGAUGAGUCUAGUGGAGGGCACAGUGGAACCACCCCGGUCUUGACAGACCUUCCUGCUGAGAACCCAAACCUUCAAGAGGAUGUAGGACAGAGUCAGAACGGGACGGAGACAGAGCUGACCGAGCCUCUGGAGGAAGAGAGCGGAAGUGGAUUCCCUUCAGAGUCUGAUGAACGCCCGUACGAAUCCACGGCUGCGCCGGCCAUGAGACAAGCCAGCACCCCUCUGAUGACUGCAAUGGAUAAGAGCAAAGAGUUAGUGGUUUUCUUUAGCUUGAGGGUCACUAACAUGAUGUUUUCUGAUGACCUGUUCAACAAGAGCUCCCCGGAGUAUAAAUCACUGGAGAAUACCUUUCUUGAGCUGACACAGCACUCUGGGUCCAGAAACUCGCCAAACCCUGGAGCUUCCAGUAAAUCUGGGCUUAGGAGACAGACGACUUUAGCCUCCAUACCGCUUCUACCAUAUCUCCAGUCCAAUUUGACAGGAUUUAAGCAGCUGGAAAUUCUCAACUUCAGGAAUGGCAGUGUUGUGGUGAACAGCAGGAUGAAACUGGACAAGCCGGUACCUUAUAAUGUCACACAAGCUGUGCACUGUGUGCUCGAAGACUUCUGUAAUGCUGCAUCUAAGCGGCUUGACAUAGAGAUCGACAGUCGCUCCUUGGAAGUAGAGCCAGCUGACCAGGCAGACCCCUGUAAGUUCCUGGCCUGCAAUGAGUUUUCACGCUGCGUGGUGAACAGUUGGACCGAGGAGGCGGAGUGUCUGUGCGAUCCGGGCUACAGCACCAUGGACGGCCUGCCCUGUCAGAGCACCUGCACUUUGCAGCCAAAUUACUGUCUGAACGGAGGCCUGUGUGAAAUAAUCCCAGGGCAUGGAGCCACUUGCAGAUGCCCUGUAGGUAAAUACUGGCACUACCAUGGAGAACGUUGCAAUGAGCUGGUGUCAAUGCCAGUGGACCCUUCGCUAAUUAUAACCUGCCUCGUGGGAAGUCUCUGCCUUGUUUGUGCCGUCAUUGGCAUUUUAAUAUUCAUUAACAAGAAAUGUAUAAAGACCAGAAAGGCUGUGACUUUGGUGCACACCCUUGCUCCCUAUGCCUUUGAAAAUACUUUGAGGGUGAACCCAGUAUUUGAGAAUGAUGAUGGUGUCUUAACUCAAGUGUCCACAUUGCCAUGUUCUUCGAGUUCUGCUUCUUCCCAAUCCCAACAGUCUGAGCAGGAACAUUUUGCCUCAAUAGAGAAUAUACAUCUGAGUAUUGAGAUCCCCAGACAGCUCUACACAACAAGAUCAGAAAAGUUAGUCUCAGAAAUGGUGGACUUUCAUCACUGCAUACCACACAACGAGGUGAGGAGGCCAAAUGAAUACAGAACAUGCUGUCUUCUAAGGGCAUCAGAUAACGAAUGUUUUGAAGUCACAGUUCUUUGA